UCUCACACACACACACUCAUGAGUGUGUGUCCAGCAGGGAUCCGUCUCUCAGUAAAGCGUGCGCUCACAGUCUGGCAGAGCGCAGCGAGUACGUCAAGCAGAUGAAGACGCUCCUCAACUCCAGAGACUUCAGGGAGAGGAUGAAGGCCAUCGAUCAGCUGGUGUGUGACUGUGAGGAAAACCCAGCUCUGGUCAUCGGCAGCCUGUUCCCGGUGUUUGACUGUCUGAAGGCGCGUCUGCAGGAGUCUAACAGUAAGGUGAAUCUGCGCGCUCUGGAGGCUCUGCACUCCAUCAUCACUCUGCUCAGAGAUCAUCUUUCUCCAGUGCUCAACAUCCUCAUCCCGGCGCUCGUGGACAAUCACCUCAACUCCAAAAACACACUCGUCUACACGGCGGCGCUGGCGGCACUGCAGGCCCUCACACACAACAUCGACAACAGUCUCCUGCUGCAGCCCUUCUGCUCUAAAGCACAGUAUCUGAGCGGGAAAGCAAAGCUGGACCUGAUCGAGAAAGUAGCAGAGGUGGUGUGUGACCUGUAUCCCCGCAGGCCUCAGCUGGUGGAGCAGAAGACUCUCCCUCUGCUGUGGACUCUGCUGGGCUCUUGCAACACGGUAGCCUGA